AUGCCAGCACGUCUGGUCAUGCACCCUUCCCUUGUCACUCUUACCGCGCAUUACAUCAUUUAUCUGAACCGUAUCGGCUACAAGCUGCCAUUAGUCACGCCCUUCCUGCGACCUAUAAGCAUACGCAACCUUGUACGCGUAACAAAACACGUGUGGGCGAUUAAGCGUCUGAGUCCCUUUCCCUCCCCUUCUUAUCUGGGUGCUUUGUCCCCCAAGAAAUCCGUACCGCCGACGUUAGUUUAUCACUUAUUGCGUGAGGAUGAGUUCAUCGAACAAGACGAGGAUCCAUUACGAAAAUCGGAUCGAAAAGCUGUGAAUGCUGUGAAUGAACACGAAGAAAAGUAUCGAGGUUAA